UUUUUGCGACACUGCCGUACGCGGAGCCAGCUCUCCCGAGUGAGAUACCGGUUGCGAGAGAAAAUAUAAACGAAAUAAUUUCGGCAGGAGAGCAACAUAUGGUGGUUUUUCACCACAAGAAACGUUAAAAACACGCUAUUCCCCCCAUAUCCUCGCUGCCGGAGGUAAAUGUGGCGGGUGAGCUGAGCUGAAAGCGACGCGAGGGAAGGCAACUGAUUGUGUGAGCGGCGCUGGAAGUAAGUUGCCUCCCUGGCGGCGCUUUAAAAAAAGGAGAGGAAAAAACCCACACACACUCAAACCCAGCUCAGAAACGCCCGAGAAAAUGGACUAUGACUUCAAAGUUAAGCUGACCGGAGAAAGAGAGCGUGUGGAGGACCUGUUCGAGUAUGAGGGAUGCAAAGUGGGGCGAGGGACGUACGGUCAUGUGUACAAAGCGAAGAGGAAAGACGGGAAGGAUGAUAAAGACUACGCUCUGAAGCAGAUUGAAGGCACAGGGAUCUCCAUGUCUGCAUGUAGAGAGAUAGCGCUGCUUCGUGAGCUGAAGCACCCUAAUGUGAUCUCACUGCAGAAAGUUUUCCUGUCACAUGCAGAUCGCAAAGUGUGGCUCCUCUUUGACUACGCAGAACACGACCUCUGGCACAUCAUUAAGUUCCACAGAGCCUCCAAAGCCAAUAAGAAACCUCUGCAACUUCCGCGAGGGAUGGUGAAGUCUCUCCUCUAUCAGAUCCUGGACGGCAUCCACUACCUGCAUGCCAACUGGGUCCUACACAGAGACCUGAAACCUGCAAAUAUAUUAGUAAUGGGGGAGGGGCCAGAGAGGGGCCGUGUGAAGAUUGCGGAUAUGGGUUUUGCACGGCUCUUUAAUUCACCACUGAAGCCUUUAGCAGAUCUGGACCCCGUGGUGGUCACUUUCUGGUACAGAGCACCAGAGCUGCUAUUGGGGGCCAGACAUUACACCAAAGCCAUCGAUAUAUGGGCGAUCGGCUGCAUCUUUGCUGAGCUCUUGACCUCGGAGCCUAUAUUCCACUGUCGGCAGGAGGACAUUAAGACCAGUAACCCAUACCACCAUGAUCAGUUGGACCGCAUUUUCAAUGUAAUGGGCUUCCCAGCAGACAAAGACUGGGAGGACAUAAAGAAGAUGCCAGAACACUCCACGCUGAUGAAAGACUUCAGAAGGAACACAUACACUAACUGCAGCCUUAUAAAAUACAUGGAAAAACAUAAAGUUAAACCUGACAGCAAAGCAUUCCACUUGCUGCAAAAGCUGCUCACCAUGGACCCAAUCCGCAGGAUCACAUCUGAACAGGCCAUGCAGGACCCCUACUUUCUAGAGGAGCCUCUACCAACCUCUGAUGUUUUUGCUGGCUGCCAGAUCCCUUACCCUAAGCGAGAAUUCCUGACAGAGGAGGAGCCUGAGGACAAAGCAGAUAAAAAAAACCAGCAGCAGCAGGGGAACAACCACACCAAUGGGGCGGGGCACACAGGUAACCCUGACAACAGCCACGCACAAGGCCCGCCUCUGAAGAAAGUGAGAGUGGUUCCGCCCACCACUACCUCAAGUGGCCUGAUCAUGACCUCAGACUACCAGCGUUCAAAUCCACAUGCUGCCUACCAGAACCCAGGACCAAGCACAUCACUGCCCCAGAGCAGCAUGGGCUACUCCUCUACCUCCCAGCAGCCUCCACAGUACUCUCACCAGACCCACCGCUACUGAGCCCGCCCAUGCCCUGCUGGCGCCCAACAGGGAGAAUGUACUGAGGGAGGUGGGCGUGGCCUUGGGACCUGAACCCCGGCUACCCCUACCCCAUGGGCGCUUGCCGCGUAGCAUAACCAUAGAGACACCGCCGAGACCGUUCAGUAACUAAACACAAACUAACUUAACGACGCAUCCCAUCACCAUAACGACAGAACUACAGCAGAACAGUGUCCUCAGCUGACAAAAGGAAAGAAGAAAGGAAAAACAAACUGAGGCGAGGGAUGAGUACAUGUUUGUGCUAUGGGGCAUUGUUCCAAAGUUCGCUGAGAUUCUGUGACCUUCCGGGAGGGAAAAAAAAUGAAAGCAGAAAAAAAUAAACAAACAAGUGAUCUCACCAUGUGGUACUGGACAGCUGGACUCAGAAGGGAGACUGGUUAAGUUUGAGGUAAAUCUCCCUCCCCUCAGUUACAACAGCAAAGCCCCCUGCUCUCCCUUAGCACCAGUCCCACCUGCCCUUCAUCACUCAAGUCCUAUGGCUUCUCUAGGACUAAAGCUGCUAUGUGACUGCCAGCAGUGACGGAAUGACUGUCUGUCAGUCUGUCUGUCUGUCUGUCUGCCCGCCCUUACACAAACACAGGACAUUGCUGGGGACCGAAUUUUCUGUGCUGGAGCUGCUGACUGGAGCAUGAUGAGUGCAUCUAGUGCCCCCUGCUGGAGAGCAGUGGUAGUAGCCUGGAAAGGGGGGGGGGUGUAGGGGGGGUUUAAGACAGAAAACUUGAGUUUAGUAGUUUAUAAUUUAAUGUUUUGGCUUUGUUUUCACGUUAGGAGAGGUAAGCAGCUUCCGUUUUUUUUUGCUGUGAGAGCAGCGGUUAUGUGCAGUGGGUAAUCCUUAGAACUUCAUGACAAAAACCAGUUGUGUGGACAGCAGAUUGAACAUGCAUUGUACUGUAUUGUAAUGAAAUAUUUUACAUGAAGCAAGUAUCCUGACAAUAAAGUUGGAAAUGUUUAAAAUGGGA